AAUUGUGAAUUGGAAUUUGGGGAGUUGGGGCAGGUGAAGAUGGCGCUUCAACACGCCGUCAAAAGUGAAAACCGCGUGGGUCAAUUGUCGGCCUCUCUCUUGUGAAGCUCAAGUCUCAAGAGCGAAAACUUAGAAGAGUAAGAAGGAAUGUGCGAAUAAUAGAGGGGGAAAAGGUUAAACCAGUAAUUUAGUUUCUAUUAAGAUUAAAAUAAAAAUAAAGCCCAUAUUAGCCAGCUCCUCUCCAGUCUCUAGUGUUGGUCUUUGAAUCUGGAUCGAGUGAAGCAAUAAAAAUAGUCGAAAAGAAGUAAAGUUGAAAGUUGAGAUCACAAAAGAAAUCUGAGUAUAGUGUGUAGUAAGAUGGGAGAAAUAAGAGAUGAAAUGGUUGAGUUGAAGAAAGGAGGAGUAAAAGAAGAAAAGAUAAUACAAGUAGAUAUAGAUGUAAUGGGGAAGCAGCGAUUGAGCAGGAAAAAGUGGUCAUCAUCACGAUCAUUUAAGCUACGAAGUGGGAGCUUGAAUUCUUUAAGGCUGAGGCGGGUGUUUGACCUUUUUGACAAGAACGGAGAUGGGCUAAUCAGCAUGGAUGAGAUCAGACAAGCACUUGUGUUACUGGGCCUUGAUGAAGAUGGCGAUGAAGAUGAAGAUGAAGAGCUCAACUCUAUUGUUACCUCCUUCAUAAAACCUGGGUACAAAGGACUGGCCUUUGAAGACUUCCAGUCCCUUCAUAACUCAUUGAACAACGCCAUCUUCUAUGAUAUUGAUCAUGAUCAUGAUGAAGAUCAUGAUCCGCAACAGCAACAGCAACAGCAACAGCAACAGCAACAGCAACAGCAUCAGCAUCAGCAUCAGCAUCAGCAUCAGCAGGUUGAGUCUGAUCUGACGGAAGCUUUCAAAGUGUUUGACUCCAACGGAGAUGGAUACAUCUCUGCCACUGAACUUCAGCAAGUACUCUCAAAGCUCGGAUUCCCUGAGGCUCAGCAAGAGCUCCACCACAUUCAACUCAUGAUCUCCUCCUUCGACCAAAACCAUGAUGGUCGCGUUGAUUUCUUCGAAUUCAAGCACAUGAUGUCCCGUAUCCUUCUCUUCCCUUCAUAGUCAAUACUCAAUUCUUUCUUCUUCUUUCACUUCUGCUUUUCUUCAUCUUCUAUUAUCGUCUCAUUCUCUUUAAACCUUUUGCUAUUGUAAUCUUUGUCUUCAUUAUUGUAUUCUAUGUGGAUUACUUGUUUCAAAACGCCUUUCAAUAUACUAGUAUAGUUAUUGUAGCAA